AUGUCUACCCACACUUAUAAGAAGUUUGAGGAGGCCGACUCGGGCAUCUUGCCCGACAAAAUGACAAUCUACCAGGACUGUCUAAACGCCUUUAAUGAGUCUCCCGUCAACGCUAAGCGUUGCCGACUCCUGAUUUCUCGUUUAUUGCAGCUGCUAGCGCAGGGCCAAACCUUCCCACGCACAGAGGCCACGGCUCUCUUCUUCGCCAUUUCCAAGCUUUUCCAGCACCCUAAUGACUCUCUGAGACAAGCCGUGUAUCUGGCCAUCAAAGAGCUGAGCGCAGUCUCCGACGACGUCCUUAUGGCGACAUCAUCCAUCAUGAAGGACGUGCAGAACGGGUCCGACAUGAUCAAGCCCAAUGCAAUCCGUUCUUUGACCCGCGUUCUUGACGAGUCGACUGCCUUCUCAGCCGAGCGGUUGUUCAAGUCCGCAGUGGUCAGCAAGCACCCUUCUAUCUCGUCAGCAGCACUCGUGAGCUCUUACCACCUUCUUCCGGUGGCCGAAAGUACGGUUAAGAGGUACGCCAACGAGACCCAGGAAGCAGUUUCAGACCUGAAAACCUACCCCUACCAAAGCGGGACCUCUGAGCACUACCCAAACUCUACGUACAUCGCGCAGUACCAUGCUUUGGGCUUGCUGUAUCUGCUGAGAAAACAUGAUAAAGUUGCGCUCAUGAAGUUGGUCCAGCAGUUUUCUGCCGGCAAUCUUCUCAAGAACCAGCUUGCUCAAGUCCAAUUGGUCAAGCUCGUUGGGAGUCUUUUACAGAAAGACCCACAGCUGGUCACGCAGUUCACUCCUCUGCUGCUGAGCUGGCUUUCAAACAAGUAUGAGUCUGUUCAGCUUGAAGACGCUAAGCUGAUCACCUCCCUACCAGACCGCUUCGUUUCCCCAGAGAUAUUUGCGUCUGCAGUGCAGACUCUGCAAGGCCUUCUCACAGUGCCACGCGUCACUACCAGGUUUGCCGCUGUAAGAGUGCUGAACAGAAUUUCCAUGGUCGCCCCUGAGAAGAUUGUCGUGUGCAACCCUGAGUUGGAAUCUCUUAUCAACGAUAGCAACAGAAAUGUUUCCACUUAUGCCAUUACCUCGCUACUCAAAACUGGCACAUCCAAUAAUAUUGCAUCUUUGAUCAAAACUAUUACCAACUUUAUUCACGAGAUUUCGGAUGACUUCAAGAUUAUCAUCAUCGAUGCCGUUCGUACCAUGGCGCUGAAGUUCCCUGAGGAGUGGAAGUCCAUUUUGAACUUCUUAAUCAAUGUUUUGAAGCAAGGCGAAGGAGGAUUCGAGUUCAAGAACAGUAUAGUUGAAGCUUUGUUCGACCUGGUUCAGUUUGUGCCACAAUCUAGAGAGCUCGCCUUUGAAAACCUGUGCGACUUCAUUGAGGAUUGCGAAUACAACGAAAUUUUGGUGAGAAUUCUUCAUAUUUUGGGUAAAGAGGGUCCAAGUAUGAAAAUUCCUUCUCUCUACGUCAGACAUAUCUACAACAGAGUUGUCUUGGAGAACUCAAUAGUGAGAUCAGCGGCUGUUGUAGCCUUAUCAAAAUUUGCGUUGGUCAAGAACGACCCUACUCUCGUAGAAUCUAUUGAAAUCCUAUUGAGAAGAAUUUCAAACGAUGCUGACGAUGAGGUUAGAGACCGUGCAACAAUUUCCCUUGAAUUCAUCGAAUCGAUUAAGUCCAAAGAGGGUGCUAGCUCUUCUGCAGCAGAAGAUCUCCUUCAAUCCAAGUAUUCGUACGACUUGGUUUCUCUGGAGUCUAAGCUAAGUCAGUACAUGUCCGCCAAGCAGGAAUCGUUCAAGGCACCAUUCGAUUCUUCCUCGGUUCAUCGCUACACUGAGGACGAAAGAAAAGCUAUCGACCUCAAGAGAAAGCAAGAACAACUGUUCUCAGCCCUGCCUUCCGCUGGUAAAAGCAAGCGCGCCGCUUCAUCAAGUCAAGAUGCCGAGAAGAGGAACGGGUCCUACGCAGGUCCCGCUUCUAAUGAGGUCGACCAGGACUUGCAAUCCACGAAGUUCGUUGAGGAACUGGAAUCCAUCGAAGAGCUCAAGUCUUUGGGUCCUAUCAUAAACACUUCUAAGGAGGUUCCAUUGACUGAAACGGAGGCCGAGUUUGUUGUGUCAGGCGUAAAGCACCUUUUCAAAAACCAUGUGGUGCUCCAAUUCCACAUCACAAAUACCUUAACUGACGUGGCUCUCGACAAUGUUUCUGUUGGCUGUACAAUGGAGCAGGAAGAUUCCACCGCACUACAGGAAACCUCAACUAUCCCUGUUGAUAGAAUUAUGCCCUCCGAGACCUUCGCGUGUUAUGUUGUGUAUGAAAAGUCGGAAGAGGUCGUUACAGAAGGCUUCUUGAACACAUUGUACUUCACCACAAGAGAAUUGGAUGCCACUACUCACGAGCCAUUCGCUGGUGACGAAGGAUUCCAAGACGAAUAUGAGAUUGAUUCUCUUUUCCUCACCGCAGGCGAUUAUAUCAAAGGCUCUUUCGUGGGCAACUUCUCAGCAUGCUUCGAUGAACUUCCACACUCUGAAGUCGCUGUUUACAACAUUAAGGAAAACAUAUCACUGCAGGAAGUUGUGGACAAACUGGUUGUGAACACCAGCUGUUUAACUCUGGACAACACGCAGUUUGCCCCUACAGAUUCUAACUCUCACACACUUAAGUUGUUUGGAAAAAGCGUCUUGAACGGCGCUAGGGUCGCCCUGGUGGUUCGUAUGAUCAAGAGCUCCAAAGGCAUUGCUUUGAAGGGAGAGAUUAGAUCUGAUGACGCCAACCUAUGUAAUGAUGUUGUCGAUGGCUUGAUUUAG